CAUAUGAAAUGAACGCUGUUUGGAUCUGCCCCCUUCAUCGGAGCCUCCGCGGUUCAGCAGCAGAGAAGCGAUGAUCGCCCAGCGGCUCCAGCAGCAGGAGGAUCAGCGGCAGGUGAGGCGGACUCUGCCCGGUCCCGGAGCGGCUCUCCCCGGCUCUGUCGGCGAGCCGUGAGCAUGUUACCGCUCCGGCCUCCUCCUCCACCUCCUCCUCGUCCUGGUCCCUGUCACACCGAUUGUCAUUCUCCCACAGCAAGAUGUAUUUCAACCGGAGAGGCAAGAAGAUCCACAGCGAGGGAGAGCAGUUAGUGUUGACCACCAUUAGGCAGGAGGCUUCUGAACUUCAGGACCAAGACCAGGGCGCCAACGCUACCAUGCGUGCUCGCCUCGCAGACAGGUUUGACAAAACCUCACCUCUCUCCCAUCAAUCCAACGGCGCAGGACCUUCUGGCUCGUCCGCCGGGUACCGCAAGGCGGAUGACGAGAUGUCCGGGACCACUUCCCAGGCGGAUCCCGUGGACGCCACUGCGCGGACUGUGAUCCUCAACGGGACCCAAAGCACCAAGUUCUGCGACAACCACGUGAGCACCACGAAGUAUGGCAUUCUCACAUUUCUGCCCCGGUUCCUCUAUGAGCAGAUCAGACGGGCGGCCAACGCCUUCUUCCUGUUCAUCGCACUUAUGCAGCAAAUCCCUGAUGUAUCACCGACUGGUCGCUACACCACUCUGGUGCCGCUCAUCUUCAUUCUCACUGUGGCGGGAAUUAAAGAAAUCAUAGAGGAUUAUAAAAGACACAAAGCCGAUAACACGGUGAACAAGAAGAAGACGACAGUGCUGCGGAACGGAGCUUGGCAGACGAUCAUCUGGAAGCAGGUGGCAGUAGGGGACAUAGUGAAGGUGACCAAUGGCCAGCAUCUUCCAGCUGACAUGGUUAUAGUGUCCUCCAGCGAGCCACAAGCCAUGUGCUACAUUGAGACCUCAAACCUGGACGGAGAAACCAACCUGAAGAUCAGACAGGGUCUUCCCCUGACUGCCGGUUUUCAGACCCUGGAUGACUUGAUGGCAUUGUCAGGUCAUUUGGAGUGCGAAGGCCCCAACAGACACCUAUAUGACUUCACCGGCACGCUGCGCCUGGUGAACCAGAAUCCAGCUCCUCUGGGUCCAGACCAGGUGCUGCUGCGUGGAGCUCAGCUCAGGAACACACAGUGGGUUGUGGGAAUCGUCGUCUACACUGGCCAUGACUCUAAACUAAUGCAGAACUCCACCAAGGUGCCACUGAAGCGCUCGAACGUGGAGCGGGUGACCAACAUGCAGAUCCUGGUCCUGUUCGGUAUCCUGCUGGUCAUGGCGCUGGUCAGCUCGGUGGGCGCCGCCAUCUGGAAUAGGGAACACACUGACGAGGCCUGCUGGUAUCUGUCACGGGCCGGUGACAUAUCUCUUAACUUUGCAUACAACCUGCUGACAUUCAUAAUCCUCUACAACAACCUGAUCCCCAUCAGCCUGUUAGUUACCCUGGAGGUGGUGAAGUUCACACAAGCCCUCUUCAUCAACUGGGACGUUGAGAUGUACUACUCGGAGACGGACACGCCGGCCAUGGCGCGAACAUCCAAUCUCAAUGAAGAACUGGGCCAGGUGAAAUACCUCUUUUCUGACAAGACAGGAACGCUCACGUGUAACAUCAUGCACUUUAAGAAGUGUACCAUUGCAGGAAUCACAUACGGCCACUUCCCUGAUCUUGACUGUGAUCGUUCAAUGGAGGACUUCAGCAACCUGCCGUCCAGCAGCCAUAACUCCACAGAGUUUGACGACCCGAGUCUCAUUCAAAACAUUGAAAAGAAUCAUCCAACAUCACCUCAGAUCUGCGAGUUUCUGACCAUGAUGGCGGUGUGCCACACUGUCGUACCGGAGAGGGAGGAUGACCAGAUAAUUUACCAGGCCUCAUCACCGGACGAAGGAGCGCUGGUCAAAGCUGCCAAAGGACUCGGCUUCGUCUUCACAGCCAGGACCCCUCAUUCAGUCAUCAUCGAUGCUAGAGGAAAGGAAAUGACCUAUGAACUUCUGAACGUACUGGAGUUCUCCAGUAAUCGCAAACGCAUGUCCGUGGUGGUGAGGACGCCCACUGGGAAGCUGCGGCUUUACUGCAAAGGAGCUGAUAAUGUCAUCUUUGAACGACUAACAGAAGCAUCUCAGUAUAAAGAUCUAACCAUCGCUCAUCUGGAGCAGUUUGCUACUGAAGGUCUGAGGACACUCUGUUUUGCCUAUGUGGACCUGGAGGAAGGCGCCUAUCAGGAGUGGUUAAAAGAAUACAAUCGUAUUAGCACUGAACUUAAAGACCGCACUCAGAAACUAGAGGAGUGUUACGAACUACUGGAAAAGAACUUAAUGCUGCUUGGAGCCACAGCCAUAGAAGAUCGCCUCCAGGCCGGCGUCCCAGACACGAUCGCCACGUUAAUGAGGGCCGGGAUCAAGAUCUGGGUGCUCACAGGAGACAAGCAAGAGACGGCCAUUAAUAUAGGUGAGAAAAACUAUCAAAGACACAAUGCCACUCGUGCCACCCUCACCACCCACUGUUCCUCCCUGGGCGACUCUCUGAGAAAAGAAAAUGAACUUGCACUGAUCAUCGAUGGCCAAACUCUCAAAUACGCUCUGUCCUUCGAGCUCCGCCAGGCCUUCCUCGACUUGGCGCUGUCCUGCAAAGCUGUAAUCUGUUGCCGAGUGUCGCCGCUGCAGAAGUCUGAGAUUGUGGACAUGGUGAAAAAGCACGUGAAAGCCAUCACUCUGGCGAUAGGCGACGGCGCGAACGAUGUGGGCAUGAUUCAGACAGCUCAUGUUGGGGUGGGAAUCAGCGGCAAUGAGGGCAUGCAGGCCACCAACUCCUCAGACUACUCCAUUGCACAGUUCUCCUAUCUGGAGAAACUCCUUUUGGUCCACGGGGCGUGGAGCUACAACCGCGUCACCAAGUGCAUCCUCUACUGUUUCUAUAAGAAUGUGGUCCUCUACAUUAUCGAGCUCUGGUUUGCGUUUGUGAACGGCUUCUCCGGUCAGAUCCUUUUCGAGCGCUGGUGCAUAGGCCUCUACAACGUGAUAUUCACCGCGCUGCCCCCGUUCACUUUGGGGAUCUUUGAUCGACCGUGCAGCCAGCAGAACAUGCUCCGCUUCCCACAGCUCUACAGGAUAACCCAGAAUGCCGAGGGCUUCAACACCAAGGUGUUUUGGGGACACUGUAUCAACGCACUGAUUCAUUCCAUUAUCCUCUUUUGGUUUCCACUCAAAAUGUUAGAGCACGAUUCCCCGUUUAGUAAUGGCCAGGGAAACGACUACCUGUUUGCAGGAAACAUGGUCUACACGUAUGUGGUCGUUACAGUUUGUCUAAAAGCUGGAAUGGAGACCACCGCUUGGACCAGGUUUUCCCACCUGGCCGUUUGGGGAAGCAUGGCGCUCUGGAUGGUCUUCUUCGCCGUGUAUUCUGUGUUCUGGCCCGCCAUCCCGAUCGCCCCCGACAUGUUGGGCCAGGCUGGUAAAGUGAUGCAGUGCUGGUACUUCUGGCUGGGUCUGGUCCUGGUGCCCACCGCGUGUUUACUCAAAGAUUUCGCUUGGGCUGCGACACGUCGCACUUUGAGGAAGACUCUGCUGGAGGAGGUGCAGGAGCUGGAGGCGCGGGCCGUUGACCCGGGAGCCGCGGUGCUCAGGGACUCCAGCGGCCGCAGUCUAAACGAACGAGCCCAUCUGCUGACAAGAGUAUUUAGGAAAACGCCUUCAAGUGUCGGACGCUCCAACUCGGUGCAGCAGACGGUGUCACAUGGCUAUGCUUUCUCUCAGGAAGAGCACGGCGUGGUGUCCCAGUCCCAGGUAGUUCGGUCCUACGACACCACCCGCCAGCGCCCCAGCCUCUAGCCGCCUCCGCCCGCCCGGAAUGAGGCAUCGGCUCAACGUAGCAAUCGCUGUCACAACGACAGCCAGAUAAACUUCAGAGCCACAAUCUGACCGGCCUCUGCCGUGGCCUUACUGAGACAGUGACGUGGCCUCCCUGUCACUUGGGGAUGGGAGGAUCACGGUCGGGUGGGGAGGGGCCGUGUCUGGAGGACGGGACCAGGCUAAUUACUGAACAAACUCCUAAAACAGCUGCACAGGCAUGAGCAAACCAUAUCCCAGACAUGCCAAGACACUUGUACCUGUAUACACCUCAGAUCGCUUCACGCCGCUGUGCGUCGACGUGUGUUUGUGCGCGUGUGUGUGCCUGUUUCAGUUGGUUUGCGUCUGCCUGUGCAUGUUCGUCUGCACACCGUGGCGCUCUGCGUGUGUGCAUGUGUUGUCUACGUGCGUCGCUUCCACGGUUUACCGCUAGUCUCCAGCAAGGAGGAUUCUGCACAUCUGUCGUCACGCAACGAAGCGGGGACAGAUGUCAAAAUGAUGGAGUGCGGGCUCUGCACCUCAGCUACACACCCAGUUUUGGCUCCAUGGCAGCACCAAGCUUCACUGCCAAACACCACAGAGGUGCGGCUGAGGCAGAACACUCCACCUCAAACGUGGACCACCACCUUGCUGCAACAUCCCUCUGAGACCUCCUCUUGUUUAUUUCGUCCUCGCUCUUAUCUCUUCAUCUCAUUGCAUUUCUGCAGCCACCGUGUUCAUUUUUCUCUGGACAGUUUUUAGGUCCGUUUACACUCGUUUAACGCCAUCAGCUGAUGUAGAAGCAGCAUGCCCGUUUUUAAUGUUUCCCCCUUCCAGGUCUGUUGGGAUGUCUGCUCUUAACUAAGCAUUUUAUUUUUAUUUUUAUGAUGAAAGUGUACAUUCAUGUGUAUGCGUUUAUAUAUUUUUUUUCUUUUUGACAUAUGUUUUUGUACUCAUAAGUCGGGGAAGACCCAUUAACACCCGAAGGAAUAUUUUACUUGAACUCCUACUAACAGGCGUCCAAAAAUGGCGAAGGGAUUGGAUUGAGGACACUUGCAUGAAUCAUGUGUUUCUCUGCACUGUCUGAAUGUCCAUUGUCUGUGUGCUCUGUGUUGAGGACACUGUUUUAGGAAUGCAAGCUUGAAGGGUUUGUAUGGGUGGGUUGUGUGGAGCGGGUGAGGGGCGGGGGGAAGAUGUCCAUCCAAGUCCUAAUCAUUAAAUCUAAUCAAUCCGUGGCCCGAGCUCAUGUCUCUGUGUUUUCACUGCUGGUUGAAAGGUUUUUGAGUCUAGCUGUAGCUCCAGGGAAGCUUGGUUUAUGUUUCAGGCUGAAAGUGUGUGUGCAGACCACAAGGGUUUGACAUGAGAUACGUGCAGUGUUGUCUACAUUUACUAGCACCCCUGGUAAGGAUGUAAACAAAGUCUUCAUUACAUUUUGGAAAACCUUAAAUUUGAGUAUUGUUAUUUUAGUCCAGGUUAUUUGAAUUAAACUACUUUUAGCAAGAUUUUUAAUGUAAUUAUUGGUACCUGUAACAGUUACCAUGAAAUAAAGAGGAUCUGCAUUCAACAAGCCAGCCAUUUCUGGAAUAGGGAAGAAAGCCGUAGCAAAUCUCAGGGGGAGCUGGAACAACCAAAAUUAAAUGUUUGCCCUUCACUCAAAACUGUAUGUGCCGUCUCAAGUGCAUGAUGCUCCCAACACCACAUUAUACCACAAAUAUGGAGUUUUUCUCUAUCCAGGGCUAAAUCCAGGGUUCUCCUGGAGAAAUCCUGUUGGAGGCUUUUAAGAGUUCAAUCUGACCUCAGACUGGGGAGAUGGCUCGUUUUUCUCAAAGGAGCGGCUUCAGAAGAACUCAGUGAAUGUCCUGCAGAGUCCAGACUUUAAUCUGACUGAAAAUCUCAACAUAAAUCAUCUUGAAAACUUGAUAUGAGCUGAAGAGAAACGACCAUAAAGGCUGAGCCAAGAAAAUAGAUGAUCUGGAGAUCUGGUCAAAUCUCUCUCUCUCUCUCUGUCUCUCUCUCUCUCUCUCUCUCUGCCUCUCUCUCUCUCUCUCUCUCUCUCUGUCUCUCUCUCUCUGUCUGUGCUCCAUCCUUCCAAAAUGUUCCACAGAAAAUACUGUCCUAUUGGCAAAAGAAGCUUCUUGUACUGUAUGAAUAGCAGGGGCGCCAAUAAAUACGGCCAGAAUCAAAGUUCUCCCACACUUCACCAUUAAGCUCAGGAGAGUCCUCACAGUCAGAUCAGGAGGAGACCCCUCUCCCCCUUUCUCAGCUGGAGAUCCUGUUCCCACCCACCUUCCUGGAUGUGGCCCGGCCAAAACCAACCACAGCUGCUGCUGGGUGGAGAAUCCAUCUUUGGCAGGAAGAAAUCCGUUCGGUUCUUUCAGUUCCCCUCCAGUGGCUCGUUCCACUUUAUUCUUUUAUUUCUGGAACCCGGACUUUUAUGCGUCCACGUUUAAAGUUUCUUUGUGCUUUGAGUGCUGUGGGAAGCAGACUUGUCUGCGAGUGUGUGUCUUGUACUUCUUUGUUUGGCUGUUUAAAAGGGAUUAAGUCGGCUCUUAAGCAACCAAAGUGUCUUUGUUUGAGAGUCACUUGUUCAUCUGUUUCAAUAAACCGCCACAACACAAACUUUCA